UGGCAGGAGCCCACAGCUUCAGAUCCUGCAACGCCGACAAUGACGCGUGUGGGAGAUGGUCGACAAAACUGAGUCUCCUCCAUAAAGCAGACGACGUCUGCGGUGGGAAAUGAGUGCGCUGGGCUCAGAGGGAAUUCUUUGGCUUCGCCGAUCGACCUUCGCUUGAUUGUAAAUGGACAGAUUGGCAGGAGAGCAUUUCGCAACCUCUUUUACAUGCAGCCUACAGGGCGCAUGAAGUCUGGGGAUAUAUUUUCCACCCCAUUUAGUCCGGCCAGACGCGCAAUGCAUGCACUUGUGUUUUUUAUCUAAGGACGGUGUGGGAUUCCUUUUAACUGUCUGAGGAUUGCCGAGUUUUUCCUUUAAGAUACACCGGUUUGUUUCUGCAAGAUGUUUUGAGCGCCAAGGGGGUUGAGAGAGAGAGAGAGAGAGAGAGACGUUGGCUGGCUGUGGGAGGGGGUUCUUACUGCGCACACAAGCGGCUCGCCUCUACCCCACAACAACAACAAAAACACACAGAGGCGAUAGUGAAGGAGCGAGGGAACGCGGAGAAGUGUUGGAGUGGAAAUCUGGAAAUAUACGGCGCUAAAAUGACGAUGUCCGUCCCGGAGAGGAAGUCAGGAUCGGAGGGAAAGGAGGAGGAGAGCGAGGAUGAGAGCGAGAUCCUGGAGGAGAGCCCCUGCGGCCGCUGGCAGAAACGGAAAGAGCAGGUCAGUCAAGGUAAUGUUCCAGGUGUGGAAAGUGCCUCUUUGGCCAUGGACACGGAGGAAGGAGUGGAGGUGGUGUGGAAUGAAGUACUCUUCUUAGACAAGAAAGUCUUUAAAGCACAAGAGGAGAAGAUCAAGGAGAUGUUUGAGAACCUGAUGCAGGUCGAACACCCCAACAUUGUCAAGUUCCACAAGUACUGGCUGGACAUGAAGGAGAGCCAGGCUCGAGUUAUAUUCAUCACUGAAUACAUGUCGUCAGGCAGCCUCAAGCAGUUCCUGAAGAAAACCAAGAAAAACCACAAGACUAUGAAUGUGAAGGCCUGGAAGAGAUGGUGCACACAGAUUCUCUCUGCGCUUAGUUAUCUGCACUCUUGCGAUCCACCGAUAAUCCAUGGAAACCUGACUUGUGACACCAUCUUCAUCCAGCACAACGGCCUCAUCAAGAUUGGCUCAGUGUGGCAUCGGCUAUUUGUUAAUGUUUUCCCAGAUGCAAGUGUUCAUAGCAAAGGGAGGCAACAUCGCGAUGAGCAGAGAAAUCUUCAUUUCUUUGCUCCAGAAUAUGGAGCUGGCGAAGAUGGUUACGCCAUAGACAUCUUCUCCUUUGGAAUCUGUGCUCUGGAGAUGGCUGUGCUGGAGAUCCAGGCCAAUGGAGAUAGCGCUGUGUCCAAGGAGGCCAUAGUCAAUGCGGGUCAAUCUCUGGAAGACCCUCUCAUGAGAGAGUUCACCCAGUCUUGUUUGCAUCACGACUCCAAGCUCCGUCCUACAGCUCACGACCUCUUGUUCCACCGAGUCUUGUUCGAAGUCCACUCGCUCAAACUGCUCGCCGCCCAUUGCCUCAUCAACAACCAGUACUUGCUUCCAGAGAACUGUGUGGAGGAGAAAACCAAGUCAUUUGACCCCAAUGCUGUCAUGGCAGAGAUUAAACAUGAAGACAGACAGGGAGUUCAGCUCAAGUAUUCCCACGUGUCCCCAUUGGAACUUGACAAGUUUCUAGAGGAUGUCAAGAAUGGAAUCUACCCAUUGAUGAAUUUUGCCUCAACGCGGCCUCAUCCCGUCCCCCGAGCGCUCUCCUUGUCUCAGGAGCAGGUUGAAACGGUCAAGACGCCGACUCCUGAACCCCAGGAGACAGAGACAAGGAAGGUAGUUCAGAUGCACUGUAAUUUGGAGUCAAAUGAAGAAGGGACCAAAACUCAUCUCUCUUUGUUUCUAAAGAUGGAUGAUAAACUUCACAGGCAGCUCAGCUGCGACAUCCUUCCAACUGACACCUCCAAAGACCUCGCCAGUGAACUUGUUCACUACGCCUUCAUAAAUGAGGUAGACGGAAAAGCUUCUUUGUUUUUACAUUUUAAUGAUCUGGGAACAGGAGGACAGUGAGAAGGUGGCGGGGUUCCUGGAGAAUGCCAUCAAACAACACCGGGUCCGAGCGCUCGCUUCUGGGAGCAUGCAGUGAGGAGGGGUCCCGACAGGCUCUGGCCCAGAUGGAGGGUCCCGGGGCAUUGAUCACUCAGAUGGAGAGAGAGCGAGAGAGGGCAGCGGGUAGGACGAGACAGCCGUGGACCUGAGGAAGAACAGGGAGCUGACCCAAUGGGGAAUAAAAAAAGGGACAAACACAGAUGGAUGCUGCACCUUGACAGACAGUAAAUCAUCCCAGUGAGAAGGAAUGAAAAAUGCCAACAGUGAGAGUGAAACCGAAGGCGCCUCUGGUUGGAGGACCAGAGGAAUCACGGCUGCGUCCAGCAACCCCACAGAGCAGAGGAAGAUUGACAAACUCCCUGCCUAAAAGGGCUAUCAUGCCUUAAGAUAUCUUACAAUCUUAGGUUUUCCAUAAUGCCACUAUCCAGAGCAGAUAUGUUAUACUCACAGAUGCAGCAAUUACAUACUACUACACACAAACGGACAUUUUGUUCCUCAAAGCCUCAUUUGCACACUUUUAUUGGUGAUAAACCUCCCUCUCCCUCACAAGCCAGAACCUUCAGUUCACAAGAGUUUUAGGGAAUUUAAGAUCCCGUCCUAUGUGCACUGUUGAUACUCAUUCAGCUGACUUUUUUUUUCUUCUGUUUAACUGUGAACAGUACAUGCAUUGCACAAAUCUUUUUUUUCUUUGUUCUACACCUUCAAAGUGACACACCUCACUGCACUCUCCGAUUGAAAGCUAUCUCCACACAGCUAAACAUGCCACGCCUGAAUGAGGUGAUAAGUAAUGAGAUGAUGCCUCUCUGUUUUAGCCUGUAGUGCUCUUACAGGUUUUCCCCCGUGAAAGCCAAAGACUUGCAAAGUGCCUGUUAUGGCAGUGAAAUGGCAUCACCCACAACUUAGCAAUUAACACGUUCAGGUUGACUUUAGUCUUAAAACAAGAUCAACUUUCCAAUUCUUUAUUAUUAGUCCACAAAUUCAGCCUGUGUGGAAGUGAAGAGGAAGUCGAGGCUGAGUAAUGGAAGCUUGAUUAAGAGCUGCAGCCUUUUUUAUUGGACUUAUGGAUACGAUGGUUAUGGUCUCUGCUGCCGUCAAUAUUAGUAGCCUGUGUACAAAAAUUGGAAUAAAUCAACGUGUGAUUUGAAAGCGUAGUCUUACUUAAACAGGAGCAAAGCUGUGACUAUCUGAUGUUAAAAUUAAUUAUUAAAAAUUUGCCAUUUUGUUCAUUAAUAUUACUGCUAUAGUUACUAUUAUUGUAUUUCCCAAACCAUUUGAAAAUAUUAGUACAUGAAUUUUGUUUUGUAAAUAUUUCCGUAGGUCUUUCAAAGGUGAAAUCCACCCAAAUCAUGAGAAUUCGUUUUUCCUGUGAGGUUUUCAUGGACUCCAGAUGCUACAGCAGGUGAUGAGUGACUGAAUUAUUUUCCUUUGCAUGUUUUUAUUUCCCAGAACCACAUCUACUCUAGUUUUAUUUCACACAGUUCUGGUGUGAAAUGUGAAAACGAUGGCACUGCAACCCACACAAAGACAAAAAUAGAGCUGGCUGUGCAUCAGUGCCUGAUUUUUUUUUAUUUAUUUAUUUUUGAUCAAGAACCUGGUCUCUGAAACAUAAAAAGCUGCAAUUUGGGUGGAUUACUCCUUAAUAAAACUGUAGUAAAAAACAGUAGUGAUCAUCAGCAAAAUACUGUUGUCACGUUUUACAUAGCUCUGCGUCAUUUGUUUUAUGGGUCUGUGAGGUUGCAGUUUCAUAACAGUUACACUGCUGUACAGUCAUUGCCUACACUACUUACUAUACUCUAUGUCGAGCCUACUUAUCAGUACGUCUCUGAAGACAGGAGCCCUGAAGCCUCCCAGACAGUCACCUGCUACAGGCUGUGGUGUACAUAUUUGUUUGUGGCUAUCGAAAGAGGUGUAUGUUGGACAACACAAAGCAGUGCCACUAUUGCUCUUGUUUGAUCCUAGUAAGCUGCAUGUCUUAAAAGCCUGCAACCGUCCAGAACUGCAUUUUGCCUUUGUCAGUCACAGUUCAGUUCCAGAGAGGACCUGACCAUGAAAAUGAAUGUUUAGACUGUGCAAACAUGGAAAAAACCAAACCCUUCCAUAUCAGUCUUAUUUUACGUCAAAUGACUUCUUCUUUUUCUUUUUUUAUUUCUGUGACUCUGUUGAAUAAAACUUGCCUUCAGAUGUGUUCUACUUAAACCUUUGGUAAAUAUUGUAGCUACUGCAAUUAAAUACAUGACAAUAAACAAGAUGUAAUAUGCUGCGUGUGUUUUGA